CUCACUCUUUUUUUUUUCCCUCCGGGAUUCAAAUUCCGAUUCCGAUAAGGCGCACGACGAGUCGAUUAGGGUUUCACCAUGGUUCGAACGAAGGCUCCUAAAGUCGGGGAUCACGCCGGUGGAGAUUACUUUAAUCGGAAAUUUCAAUUGUUUUGCUCUCGUUUGGAUGCUAAAUCGAGUCUCAGUAACCUAAUAGAUUUGUUUAUGGAAUCUGUAGAGAAGCUGGUUAGGGAACCUCCAAUGAACAGUGCUCAAAGAAGAAAAUUGGGAGAUAUUACUAAUUUGCAGAAUCAGAACAAACUAGUGAACCAGGGAGCGAAGCAGCAGCAACAAGAUAUAUUCUUCUUCUCCAAAGAUGAUGCUGAAAAUCUUCAAAAGGAAAACAUGAAACUGAGGAAAGUGGCCGUGGAGAGAGAUGGCAUCAAAAGUGAGCUGCAUAAACUUAGGAUUAACUUUCAGAAGGUUAGAGAACAGAAUUUGCUACUUGCCCAGGCAAACACUCGUAUCUUGGCGGAGUUCAAUACAAGCAAAGACCAACUGAAGGUACUUCAGCACGAACUUGGUUGCAAGAAUGGGUUAGUCAUGGCUAGGAAAAAACUGCUUAAGGAGCAAACCCUUCCAUGUUCACGUCAUGCAUCAAAAGUGAAGUCAAAUGAUGCGGGUCAUGAGACUGCUUCGGAGACCUCAAACUUUAACUCAUUGCAAAUAAAUGAGAAAGCUAACAAUAAAAGGAGAGUUUCUGGAAGGACGAAUCCCGCAACAUUAGAUAUUAUUCGCAGACUGGGAGAGACAUGUCAGACGGGAGACAACAUUGACAACAACAAGUUGGUCUCUGAUGGUAACAAUGCUGCUAUUAAAAAGGAGUUUGUCCUUGAUGCUGAAGACCAUAUAGACGACAAUGUCCAAAGCAAGAGGUGUUGUGCAGGAAGACAGUCUGCCAGCGAUAAAAAUAUAGAAACUGUCCAAUCGGGAAACUUGCAUAAAGUGGUUGACGCCAAAGAAAUUAAGGAGGAUGCAAGGUUCCCUUUGAGAAGACGUUCUGCCCGGUUAAGAUCUCAAGAACCUGAGCCAUCUGAAAGCUAUCAUGAGUCAAUAGAGACAGUCAGGAGGAGAAGGUCUAUGAUGUUUAAUUUCCAAGAGCUGGGCGUUAUUGAAUACUUAAAUGGUUUACAUGAUGAUCAAGAGAUUGCUGCAAAGGCCGGAUGUUCUGCAAGUACACAAUCUAUCGGGUCCAGACCUGAAACAGGAGAACCACAUGUCUCGAAAGAGAUAACCGGAAAAAGCAGGGUGUCUUUGAGAAGACAGUCUGCAAGGUUUAAUUUCCAAGAGCUGGGCGUGACUGAAAACUUGAAUGGUCUACAUGAUGGUCAAGCGAUUUCUGCAAAUGCCAGAUGCUCUGCAAGCGAACAGUCUAUAGGGUCUAAACCCGAAGCAGUAGAGCCACAUGACAUGACAGAGACAACCGCGAAAAGCAGAGUCUGUCCAAGAAGACAAUCUGCAAAUGUUAAAACUCAAAGAGCCAUCAAAGAAACCGCAGAUCCGCCUUUGGAUGAUGACAUUGUUGAUGAGUCUAGUCCAAUAUCGUGUACAGUUUCAAUGGAGGUUAAGAGAGAAUCAAAGAACAAACCAGCAGGCGAUGAAUCAGAGGAGAUGAGAAAAGCAACAGGUGGAAGACCUUCAAGGCAAGCUGCUGAAAAAAUCAAAUCAUACAAGGAACCCUCACUUAAGGAGAAGAUGCGAGGGGACUUAUAAGUCUCUCCAGAUCGAGCCUCUUAUGUUUUUGAUUUUGCGACUUCACUUUUGUUGAAUGAGCUAUUGAUUGAUGUUAUAAUCACAAUGUAUAUUCGUAGGUGUAUUUGAUUCUUAAAAUCAAAGAGAGAUAGCGAGUGGUCUUGCUACUGUACAUGAAGCGAGUUGGAAGGUUUAAUUCAGUUUUGAUGAGGAACCUCUCGGUGAACAAAUUCGUACUCCACUAAAUUGUAAUAUGUUGGAAGAUUUGGUCAAAUCCGAAUAAUUGAAUUUUA